AUGAUUGGUGCGCGUACCUUGUUGUGGUGUAUAUGCCUCGGCGCAAUCUUUGGAAGCGUCCGCGCAGCCCGGCCGCAUCGCCUCCAUCAUGUUGUACCUGCGCGACAUAAACAUUCGGAAUUCGUUAAGGGCAAGAUAUGCAUCGGCACAAACGGUCGAAUGUCAGUGCCCUCUAACCGCGACACCCACUACAGAAAUCUGCGGGACAGAUUCACGAAUUGUACUUACGUCGACGGCAAUUUGGAACUCACAUGGCUAGAAAAUGAGACUAUGGACCUGUCCUUCCUUCAACAUAUCAGAGAAGUCACCGGCUAUGUUCUUAUAUCAUACGUAAAGGUGGCACACAUAGUUUUACCACAAUUACAAAUCAUAAGAGGACGAACGCUAUUCAAAUUAAACGUGAGAGAAGAAGAGUUUGCUUUGCUCGUAACUAUGUCUUCGGCUUUCACAUUGGAACUGCCAGCCUUACGAGACGUUCUGAGAGGUAGUGUGGGAAUAUACAAUAAUUAUAAUCUGUGCCAUGUCAAAACUAUAAACUGGGAAGAGAUUAUAACGGGUGUGAACGCCACAUACGUUUUCGUCUACAAAUUUAAAGUUCCUGAAAGAGAAUGCCCACCUUGCCACCCAAGCUGCGAAGCCGGCUGUUGGGGCGAUGGACCACACAACUGUCAGAAGUUUUCCAAAACAAACUGCAGUCCCCAAUGUGACCAAGGACGCUGUUUCGGACCCAACCCUCGAGAUUGUUGCAACACCUUCUGCGCUGGCGGCUGUACGGGACCGUUGCCGAGUCAAUGCCUCGCUUGUAGAAAUUUUUAUGAUGAAGGUACCUGCUCGCAAGAAUGUCCACAGAUGCAAAAGUAUAACCCGACAACAUAUUCGUGGGAGCCAAAUCCCAACGGAAAAUAUGCAUACGGCGCUACAUGUGUAAGGAAUUGUCCAGAGCACCUUUUAAAAGACAAUGGUGCCUGUGUUCGGAGUUGUCCCCCAAACAAAACUGCGGUGAAUGGUGAAUGUAUUCCGUGUAAUGUGACUUGCCCAAAAACCUGUCGCGCAGAAAGACCAAUACACUCAGGAAACAUUGAUAGUUUCAAAGACUGCACUAUUAUCGAUGGAUCAAUAGAAAUUCUUGAGAUGACAUUUACAGGCUUUCAACAUAUUAACCCAGAUUAUUCCUUUGGAGAACGAUAUGCUAAAAUGGAGCCUGAUGCAUUGGAAAUAUUUAGCACUGUACGAGAAGUUACUGGAUACUUGAACGUACAAGCUCAUCAUCCGAACUUCACAAGCCUAUCGUACUUCAGAAAUUUGGAAGUAAUUGGAGGGCGUCAAGUAGUGGAGAACCUAUUUGCAUCUCUCUAUAUUGUUAAAACCUCAUUGAAGUCAUUGGGCUUGAAAUCUCUGAAAAGAGUAAACUCCGGUGCAAUAGCCAUCAUGGAAAAUAGACAGUUGUGUUUUGCUGAUAAAAUAGCUUGGAACAAACUUGUCAAAUCGAAAGAUCACAAGCAGAUUAUACAAAAGAAUGGGGACUUAAAGAACUGUGAAAAAGCAAAUAUGGUAUGCGAUCUACAAUGUUCAGCCGAUGGUUGUUGGGGACCCGGGCCUGAUCAAUGUCUCUCCUGCGAAAACUACAAAUUUGGCGACAUCUGCAUCCAAAAUUGCAGUGUACAUCCUGGGCUCUACAAAGCGGGCGCAAAAAUAUGCAAACAAUGUCAUUCAGAAUGUCUAGAUGGAUGCUCUGGGCCUAGCCGAGCGAACUGUACGAAAUGUAAGCACGUCCGAGAUGGUCCUUACUGUGUAGCUGAGUGCCCGGAUUCCAGAUAUCCAUCAGAUAAUGGAACGUGCCAACCAUGCCACAGCAACUGUUUCAAUGGAUGUACCGGUACAGCUAAUACCGUUGGAAUCGGGGGUUGCAACUCUUGCAAGAAAGCAAUAAUAAGCGAGGAGGCUACAGUUGAAAGCUGUCUUAAAGAAAACGAACCUUGUCCAGAUGGAUAUUACAACGAAUGGGUGGGGAAUGUUAAGCCAUUGGAGGGGAAAGUAAAAGUAGUAUGUCGUAAGUGUCAUCCACUGUGCAAAAAAUGCACUGGAUUUGGCAUUCAUGAACAAGUAUGUCAAGUUUGUAACGGAUUCAAACGCGGAGACCAAUGCGAAGAUGAAUGCCCUUCAGACCACUUCACCGACGAAAUAAGUAGAAUCUGCUCACCUUGUCAUUCCGAAUGUCGUGGUUGCACGGGGCCCGAAUCUACAGAUUGUGUCAAGUGUCAUAACUUGAAAAUAUUUUUGAGUGAUUCGAAUACUGGACCAUUUAACUGCACAGACUCCUGUCCAGAAGACAUACCACAUAAAAUAUAUUUCGAUGAACUCCUACAAAAUCCAAUCGAUGAACCGUAUUGUUCUGCAUUAGCAAAUGGCCCACCAACUAUGGCCACUGCUAAAAUACCGACAGUACUUGUUAUUAUUUUGGUACUAGCAUUUAUCCUUCUAGUUAUUCUUGCCAUAAUAGGGUACACCUGUAGACAGAAAGCAAAAGCUAAGAAGGAAGCUGUUAAAAUGACAAUGGUUUUGACUGGUUGCGAAGAUAACGAGCCCUUACGCCCAACGAAUGUAAAACCGAACUUGGCUAAACUUCGGAUUGUAAAAGAAGCGGAACUGCGUCGGGGUGGCAUGCUUGGCUUCGGUGCCUUUGGCAAAGUAUAUAAAGGAGUUUGGGUACCUGAAGGAGAAAAUGUUAAAAUUCCGGUUGCUAUCAAAAUUUUGAAAGAUGGAACAGGUGCCAAUACGAGUAAAGAAUUCCUAGAAGAAGCAUACAUAAUGGCCAGUGUGGAACACCCAAACUUAUUACAACUACUUGCCGUGUGUAUGACCAAUCAAAUGAUGUUAAUUACGCAACUUAUGCCCUUAGGUUGCUUGCUUGAUUAUGUGAGAACACACAAAGAGAAAAUCGGAUCAAAGGCAUUCCUUAAUUGGUGUACACAAAUUGCUCGUGGUAUGGCAUAUUUAGAAGAGAAAAGGUUGGUGCAUAGAGACUUGGCGGCAAGAAAUGUAUUGGUACAGACACCUAAUUGUGUAAAAAUAACAGAUUUCGGUUUAGCCAAGUUGUUAGAUAUAAACGAAGAUGAAUAUAAAGCAGCAGGUGGAAAGAUGCCUAUAAAAUGGUUAGCGUUAGAAUGUGUCCAACAUAGAAUCUUCACGCACAAAAGUGAUGUUUGGGCAUUCGGGGUUACGAUAUGGGAGAUCUUGAGCUACGGUGCAAGACCCUAUGCUAACAUAUCUGCUCGAAAUGUACCCGAACUUAUAGAAAAUGGCUUGAAACUUCCUCAACCCGCAAUCUGCACUCUCGAUAUCUAUUGCGUGAUGGUAUCAUGCUGGAUGUUGGAUGCCGAUAGUCGACCGACUUUCAAACAACUGGCAGACACAUUUGCUGAAAUGGCUAGGGAUCCUGGUCGGUACCUUGUAAUUCCUGGAGAUAAAUUUAUGCGUCUUCCAUCCUAUUCUACACAGGACGAAAAGGAAUUAAUAAGAAACCUCUCAUCAGCAAUGGAUGGGCCAGAGCCUUUGGUAGAAGCUGAUGAAUACUUACAGCCGAAGUUCAAGAAUUUACCUAGCACUGCCACGACGAACUCUGUGGUGACAGCAGGCGUAGAAACACACUCUGGUUCGUUGAAGCCGGGAGCGUCUUCAUCGUGGACAAAUAACGGACAAGGUGCUGAAUGUGUUACUGCUGACUCCACAAACAAACCAGAAAUAUGGGAUCAAGACUUAUUGCGCUACAACAAUACAAAUAGCAAUUCUGAUGGGGCUGACACGCGACACUAUUAUAACAACGGCGUGUGCGCUUCGGAAACAUCCAGCUCAAGGUAUUGCAGUGACCCCAUGAAAGUUAAACCAGAUGAGGAGGGUAAAUUCGACAGCAUGUCCAAAAUAAAGGAAGCACAGGUCGGUAACCUAAAGCUAAAUUUGCCCUUAGACGAGGAUGACUAUUUAAUGCCUUCUCCACAACACACACAAAAUGCUUCCACGUAUAUGGACUUAAUAGGAGAAGGUGCUGAACAGCCGGAUGUGAAAGACUUGUGCUAUAGUGGGUUUGUUGCUUCAAAGAGGUGUGUAGACAACCCGGAGUAUCUGAUGUCUGACCAGAGUGUUCCACCACAGACUAUCGGUAUCCCGACAGAACCAUUGCCUCUUGAGAGUCCUAGCGAAGGCAGCGGCAGUGAUACUACUCCACAACCUACAACGAGCAAAUACUUACCCCAACGAUCUGUAGAGGAGGAAUCGAUGUCUGACCACGAAUACUACAAUGACUUACAACGAGAGUUACAACCCUUACGGCGGAAUGAGACAACUGUGUAA